AUGCUGCGGUUGAGUCUGCACGAAGGGGAGCACCGCGAGGAGGGCGGGGAGCUGCAGCUGCAGCCGCAACAGCAACAGCAAGAGCAACAGCAGGGCUCCAGCUCUGCCGGUUCUGGCUCCGCCUGCAUUACUCUUGGCCCCACGCUGAUGUACCAAGCUGUUCCUGCUGCAGGCAACGCUUCUGAGGGAAACCAGUCCGAGCUCCCACCUUCAGCACCCUCCCAGCCCAGCCCACUGUCGCUUAUACCUACUCACUUCCCUGCACCAGCACCAGCAGCAGCAUCAGCACCAGCAUCAGAACCAGUGGCACCAGCACCAGCACCAGCACCACCAGCACCCGCGGCACCAGCACCGGCAGCACAAGAAGCCACGGAGAUAGAAGAGCCUCUCUACUCCCCUUCCAACCUGCAGUCCCCUCGCCGGCCGUUUGAUCCCUUCGCUGCGCCGCUCACCUGCCCCAGCACGCCCCGCAAGCCCAGGCUCUCUGGUGGGUCGGCGUUGGUGCACCUGCGGGCGAUGGAAGCUGGGACACCAGGCAGGCGUGUCAUGCGCCGCCUGCUCUUCGAUUGA